AUGUACGAAUCAUCCUCAGCUGCACUGGGGCUGGACAUCUUUGCCGAUCCCAGUGGCAUCAUCGCCCCCUUUUCUUCUCUACUGCCAGCCUCCUAUCGGACAACGGACGACAACAUCGAGCCCCUGUCUCCCGAACUAUUCGGGGCAUUUCUCAACCACGAGCUGCUUGUCCAGCGGCUGAAUGACAUUCACAACUGGCUAUGGAUGUGUGGUCGCCCCAUGCCUCCCCGCCCACUGCAUCAGCAGGUGGCCAUGUCGCGGAGUAUUGUGGUGACCGAACAGAUGGACAUGCACCUCGUCUGGAUGAAUAACCAGUUCUUUAUCAAGCCACUCCCCGCUUAUCUAUUCCACCCAGACUUCUGGCAUCCGCAUGAACAAAUCAAGCCCGGCCAGCACUGCUGCUACUCCGAGAGAAUUGCCUGUGCGCGAGGCUUCCUCUUCUCAUACACAGCGCUGAUCACCUACCCCUCGGAUUUCCACCUUGCCCAACAACAGGGCCUCCUUCCUUCCACCGUAACAUGGGAACGGUGGCGCGUCUUCUCGGCCCAGUUCCUAUCGCACCACUGCUACGCGGCCAUCAACCCGCGGUUCUGGUACGGAGAGCUGCGUCUUAGUCGCCUGAACAAAGUAUAUGCUCUGACCCGGGGGUGGAUGUUCCGUGGCUACUCGCGAAUCGGCGGGGCAGCAACGUACGAGGACCUUCUGCGCAACAACUUUGCCGCUCUGGCCACGGUGCUGGGUUACGUGGUCAUCGUGCUGACGGCCAUGCAGGCCGGGCUGUCAACCGACCGAUUGCAGCAUGACCGGACGUUCGUGAAUGCCAGUUACGGGUUCACGGUGUUUAGCAUCAUCGCCCCACUGAUAGGCGCGGUGGUCCUGCUGGUGGGGGUUCUGUGCAUUGUAGCGAGCAACUGGAUUGCGACCAAGGGGUAUGAGAGGAAGCGAUUCGUGACUAUGGGGGUGGAACCGCUGCGACAUGCUGUCCGAGUCUCCAGCUGA